AACGUGUUUGGAGGGAGGUCUCUGUCGAUCGACUUUUUGCGGGCUGUCGCGUGUAUUCUUACCGGGCCGUGCGUCGUCGAGUUGUUUCCGAAGCAACGUGUGUGGAUAGCGAUACACCGCGAUUUUAUGCGGUGGUGCUGAAUAAGCUCGCCGGGAUUAAUAGAAAAUUUGUCGCCCCAUGUGUUAUCUAUGCCGAUGCAGCGAUUCGUACGUUAUUGGUGUGUCAAGGUGUAUUUUUGAGAGCUGAUUCUAUAAUGUUUAUUUUUUGGAAAGUGAUGCUAAAGUGAGUGAUAAACCAGAAAGAAGAUUGUCUUGUGGGAUUAUCAAUUUUGUGGUGGUAAGCUUCGGGUAGCUAUUGGAACGAUUCGAUCCAGUACACGUCGAUAACGAAGAAGGGGCACUGUGUGUGGAGUGAUUAAAUUGAAUAAAAAAUAAAUGUGGCGCUCUGUGCAGUGAUGAAAGAUAGUGGCUACGUGUGCAACAAAUGGUCAUGCCUGAAACCUUGUGAGAAAAGCAGUAAAAUUUAUUCAAUAAGCACGAAGCGCUCCACAAGUGUUGAAUAAUCAAGGUCAAGGUAUAUAAAGAUUGUGCUUGCCGAUAAGUUUGUGAAUUUAAUCAAAAAGGCAAUCAAUAUCAAUGAUCGUUCAAGAGUGAAAUUUGAAUCGACAAAAUCAUCAGAAGUUUACUCGUUGAAUCGGUGCUUAAAAUAAAACCAAAACGACCAGUGGAAUGUAAAAUAUUACGGUGCUGUAAUUAAGAGUUGUCCUCGUUCUCGAAACUGAAUCCUUCAAUCGUAAGCCGACAAAAAGGAAAGCCGAAGCCCAUUAUCCGCCGAUCAAAGGCUAUAAAAUUCUGUUCCCAAACAGCAGACCGAAUUCGGCUCACCGUUAAUAGGAUUCAUAAUUGCUGCAGUCCAGGAAGCGGAAAGUUAGACAUAGAAUUCCCGCAUACCGAACGUAAUCCGACUGGAGGGAUAUCUUUGUCCUAUAGAAGCCGAAAAAAACUCCUAAUCCGUUUACUACCCGACAUAAAAACCCGGAACGACGGUCAGCUGGGCUGAGGGUGGAAGCACAUCGAGGGAUUGACGUUGUACCCAAAAAUAACAUUCGUCCAGCAGAGCAAAGGGGGACGAUCAUUCCAACUCCCCCGCAAAAGUCCUUCGUCGAAUCGCAUCCUUAUUCAUAAAGAAGAUUGUGAGUGCAUUAAAAUCCUGGGGUAAAAUUGGGGAAAUCAUCGCUGUUUUUACUAGUGUUGUGAGUUGGAUGAAAAAAAUAUCGGAUUGGAGUGGAAAAUCUCGAGUUACGCAAACCUAGAAAACCUGCACCUGAACGACUCAACGAAGUGAUGAUUUGCAUAAUUUAAAACGAUGAUUAGACUUUGAAUCCCUUGUCGUAGACCGGAACUGUUUUUCCUUCAUUCACCCGUUACUUACCCGGAGCCAGAGGCUGAGAAAAAGGUGCUGACGACUAAUUGUAACAUAAUGGAAUACAAGCACUCUGGCAGCAGCCGGUUCGCCUUUUCCACGACGACGACAACGAGAUUCUGUGCCGAUCAAAGUUCAACAGCAGCAGCAGAAUCCGAAUCACCAUUAUUGUCAACUCGUCGAGUCGAGCUGGUAGCAUAAUUUUUACCGCACCCACCGACCUACCCACGCAGAUCCUUCUCCCGGGAGAGGCAACAGAUUAUGAGCACCACUGUUAGAGGUGCUUUGGUGCAAGAGAAAAGAAGAAGAAUCGAAUCGAAAAUAAAGUGUUCAGUGAAAAACAACCAGCCGGUUGGGCACUCGGUGUUGAACCAAGAAAAACGAGCGAUUCCGGAGCGUCCAGCAGAUCUGCCGUGCGAGAUACGUAAAAGAUUAUGUCAGCACCGACCCUGCUGAAUUCUAACUGGAAGAAGCUACCUUAGGAAGGCGUUAUUGUUGUGUUGACUCACCCCUCAACGAAAAAGUUUUUUACUUUCGAGGAAAACUUCCCACGAUGCUGACCAAAAUGAUAACUACGGGGUUGAGUGUGGCGCUAAUUUUGGCAGUCUUCAGCAUCGGUCCGGAACCAAGUUUGGCAGGAUCGCCAAACUGCCCGAUCGGAUGUCAGUGCGAUGAUGACAAUCUAGUGGUGACCUGCGGCGAGGGGCAGCUGGAUGUGCUGCCGAUUGUGCUGAACCCAUCGUUGCAGCGAUUGGUUAUCAAGAAUAAUAAGAUUAAGACGAUUGAUUCGUCGAUGCAGUUUUACGCGGAGCUGACGUAUUUGGAUUUGAGCUACAAUCAUCUGUUUAAUAUGCCACCGAGGACGUUCGCGUAUCAGAAGAAGUUGAUGGAGCUGCACGUGAAUCACAACAAGGUGGGGUCGAUCUCGAACAAGACCUUUUUGGGACUGGAGUCGUUGCUGAUUCUGAAUCUGAGGGGCAACUUCUUGGAUGAACUGAGUGAAGGGGUGUUUUCGGGGCUGAGGAAGCUGGAGGAGUUGAAUUUGGGUCAAAAUCGAAUCGGGAAGAUCGACCCAAAGGCGUUUGAGGGUUUGGUCAACUUGAGGAUACUGUAUUUAGACGAUAAUACGCUGAAUGCGGUUCCGUCGCCGGCGUUCGGAUCGCUGGUGAAUUUGGCGGAGCUGUAUUUGGGAAUCAAUUCGUUUAGUACGGUUCCCAAGGAUGCGUUCAUUAAGUUGAGCAAACUUACCCGAUUAAGUUUGAAAGGUGCAGCACUAUCCAAUGUUACAGCAGAAAGCUUCAACGGCUUGGAUGCGUUGAGAACACUGGAUCUAUCUGAUAAUAGACUAAGUAGAAUACCUACACCGGAAUUGACUCCGUUGACGAGGCUAGAGGAACUGGCCUUAGGUCAGAAUGACUUUGAUGCCAUUCCAACAGCGGCUUUUGCCGGCAUGAGUAACUUGAAGAAGAUGGAUAUAUCGGGUUCCUUAAAGUUGAAUCGAAUUGAAAGUGGAGCGUUUUCGGCUAACGCAAACCUGGAAGAGAUUGUGAUAGCUUCGAACAAAGGUUUGUCGGAGAUUCAAGAUGGAGCUUUGACUGGACUACCGCACUUGAAGCGGUUGGUGUUGAAAGAUAACGCUUUGACAACACUCUCGGAUGGACUGUUUACCUGGAGCGAGUUGGUUGAGUUGGAUUUGUCGGAGAACCCGAUCGUUUGCGAUUGUCGGAUAUUGUGGCUACGAAACGUAUUGGUGAGUAAAACGAACAACAGUCAAAACCAGAUUCCAGUGGUCUGUGCAUCUCCUGAUCGAUUGCGAGAGCAAGUUCUACAAUCCCUCUCUCCGGAGCUUCUCGGAUGCUCUCACACCGAUCAACGUCAACAAGCCAUCAUUUGUGCGGUGCUCGUGAUCAUCGCGGCGAUCAUUACAGCACUCGCUCUGGUCAUCUACAAAUGCCGCAGAAAGAUCCGAGAAGUUGUGAAAGGUGGCUGGGGAAACAGUGCGAUCGGUAGAAAAGAGCGAGAGUAUCAGAAGACAUUCUCCGAAGAAGACUACAUGGGUCGUCAUCCGAACCCUUGUGGAACCAUAGGAGUUCACACUACAACGCUUAACAACUACCAAAUCAACAACCACCACUCGCAUGGAAUCAGGCACAUACCAGUAACGGAACUAUAGCUAGAGGCUCCCCCUCCACCGCCUCGGAGGGGAGGUUCACAGCAUCAAAUCUGUGCCGGUGCCAACUGCGCCAACGGAACAGCCACCACAUUCCUGCAGCUUAGCCAAGAUCACCUGAAGCAGCCUGGAAUGA